AUGUAUAGACAUUCCGAAACCAACCGGUUAAGAGGUCCAUCACUGAUGGGACAUGGUCCAGAAAACUCACCGAGGUAUCCACCCAUUUUCUUAAUGAAUGCUAGCCAUAAAAAGCGACGGCUGUGUUUUAUUAGGCACAGUGCCAGAAGCAGCGAACGCUAUAACCGCGCGAACAGCAGAGCAAGCAGAGGCAAAGGUACCACUAUCUCUACAUCGUUUCAACAGUCAAGGCCUAGGCGGAGGCCGAAGCAUUUGAAUCAGAUCCAAUUGACCCUGCCAGAGCACCAAUUGAACCAGUCCUAG